CCUGCGAAUGUUUUCCGAGCAUCAUAUCGCAAGCAAAACAUUUGACCAGCCGACACGCCGUCCUCAAUUACCCUCAAUCAUUCCGAGAACUCUCUCUCUCGCAAGACCACUUCAUCUUCGCCCGCCUUGUAAGAGACACAAUGGGCCUAGACAUCACCUCGCACCUCCCCCCGUUCGAGGGCUUGCUGCCAAAAUGGCUGCUCCUCGUCUCCGUAAUCUCCAUCGCCAACUCCAUACAAGCCUACACAACUCUCCACUACGCUGCCCGCAUGUACAACCCCAACCCGGAUAACACCAAGAUCCCCUCCAACCUCACGCAAUACACCUCGCCGUCCUCCAAACCCACCCCGCUACAGCCCGGCGAGCUCCCCUCGCAAGUGACGCCCCUGUCUGGCCGCAAGUGGGGUACCUGGACGGCACUCACGGGCAUCCUGAGGCUGUAUGUCGCGUACCAUAUCAACGAGAAGGCGAUGUUUGAGUUGGGGAUGUGGACGUAUGGGGUUGCGUGGGCGCAUUAUAUGAGCGAGUGGUGGGUUUUUGGGACCACGAGGUGGGGGGCGCCGUUGGCGGGACCGGUCAUUAUAAGUACGGGGAGCUUGGUGUGGAUGUUUCUGCAGAGGGAGUAUUAUUUGGGGCAGUAGAAUGAGCCGGCAGGAAACUCAGGAGCGGCGUAGUAUAGGAGCGACCAGAUAAUAUUGUGGAGCGAUCAUGUUAAUCUCAAUCGGGGAAAUGGAUAUUGACUUGACAUCUAAUGUUUAUAUUGUUUAAUG